AUGCGGUUCAAGGCUACACUAUCAAGUGUUCUUCUCUUGUGUUUACUCGAUCCAGUGGUGUCAAACCCCCAGCUUAACGAAAAUGGUUUUGUAGAGUCGCGCCCUAGUAGCGCUCAAAACGUCACUUACAUCCCGAAUACCUAUAUCGUGGAACUGGAACAUACUCCCAGCACCAAAGCUGCAUCUCUUUUUUCUCAGCGACUCGGCGGAAGAGUCAAGUAUCAUGUCCGCAAAGAGUUCAACAAUGCCAAAUUUUUCUAUGGUCUAUCUCUGACUGUUACAGACGGGACAUCUCAGAAAUCUGAUCUAUUGGAGAUUAGCGGUGUCAAGAAUGUCUGGCCGGUUAGACUUGUGCCCCGCCCAGAAGCAUUCGAAGCCGCCAGGCCAAACUUGCUAAGCAAUAAUACUCUUCCACACAUUAGAGGCAACUCCGACGUUAACAGGCCACUCAAAAUGGCUGGAGUAGAUAAGUUGCAUGAAAAGGGAAUCAAGGGCAAAGGUGUGAAGAUUGGCAUUAUUGACACCGGAGUGGACUAUCUACAUCCGUCACUUGGCGGCGGCUUUGGACCAGGUUAUAAGAUAUCUUUUGGCUACGACUUGGUUGGAGAUGAUUAUACUGGAACCAAUACUCCAGUUCCGGAUGACGACCCUUUGGUCACAUGCGCAGUUGGAGGACAUGGCACUCAUGUUGCUGGUAUCAUUGGGAUGACUGAUGCCCAAGACCAAGGCUUUGGACUGGUUGGAGUUGCUCCGGAGGCAACCAUUGGCAUGUACCGAGUGUUUGGAUGCAGCGAGAACUCUGGAGACGAUGUCAUCAUGGCAGCAAUGCAACAGGCUGCAGAAGACGGUGUCGACCUUAUCACCAUGUCUCUUGGCAGUCUGUCGUAUUGGGAGCAAGCAUCCCCAUAUGUCUCUCUGGCCGAAAGUAUCGUGGAAAGUGGUGUAGCUAUCAUUGCUGCACUUGGGAAUGACGGCGAUCUUGGGCCUUAUGCAGUCUCUGCGCCAGGCCUGGCUCCAGAAGUUCUGGCUGUAGGUUCCGUGGAGAAUGAAGUCUAUCCAACGGUAUACAAAGCGAAAAACAAUAUCGGCGGUUCAUUGAAAUAUAUUUCGGUUUUUCCUUUCAUUGCUGAUAAGCCGCUCACUGUUUUCCAAGCUGGCAGCGGCCUGGAUUUCCCUGUCACAGAACUGCAAGCUGGAGGUUGCGAUACCAGGGUCUGGACAGCCGCUCAGAAGGCAAUCGCGGAUGGAGCAAAUACGGUGAUGUUGCUUUAUCUCACAAAGUUGUGUUCGCUCAGUGCAUACUCAUCGGAAUUAUCAGCACUCAAUGUGACAACCAUCAUCUACUAUACAGACGAUCCAGACAUACCAGUUCUUUUGCCGGAGCCAGACACAGCAGGUCAAUUUACUGUUCUCUUCCUUUCGUACGAACAGUCACAGCAGAUAGUCAGUGAUAUUGAGAAUCUCGCCACCGGAAAAGAUUAUACGCUGCUCUUUAACUCAUCCACGAUACACGACUCUCACAACUCCGCUGGUCAUGCCAUCGACUACUUCUCUUCCAUCGGCCCGACCGUGGAAAUGACACUUAAACCUCAGCUCUCUUCUCCGGGAGGCAAUAUUCUGUCCACAUACCCACGUUCAGCUGGUGGGUAUGCCGUCUUGUCUGGCACAUCGAUGGCUGCGCCCUUCACUGCUGGCGUCUAUGCAUUGGUCAAAUCACAGCGACCAGAUCUCAGCAUCUCAGAGAUUGUGUCGCUUCUACAGUCAACUGCAGUACCGAUGAAAGUGCUGGAUAUGGAUAUCAUCUCUUCCGUCACUCAGCAAGGCAGUGGGCUGAUUAACGCGUACGCCGCCGUGGCCGCCGACUCCCAGAUCUCGCCUUCUCAGCUGAGUUUACUCGACUCACCAAAGCCGGCAAAGCAGACGAUCACGAUCAAAAACACAUCCAAGAAACUCAAAACUUACUCUAUUUCCCACUCUGGCGCAUCAUACAUUCGUACUUUUAACAACUUCACUGCAGGCUCGGACCAGGCGUUUGUCAAGUUUAACAACGUCCAUGAGUCUAAGUACGCUACCGCCAAAUUCUCCAAAUCGAGACUAUCCCUGCAGCCAGGACAAUCGACAAAGAUCGAAGUGCAAUUUACAGCUCCCGAUGAGCCGCAGCCAUACUCGGAGCCCAUCUACUCUGGCCAUAUCAAGAUCGCCACCGACAGCAGCAGCUACGUGGUUCCAUAUCUCGGGGUGCCCUAUAGUAGAAGCGACACAGAAUAUAUUGCGCGCAACACUACGGCAUGGGUUGGAAAUGACAGACCCUAUGUAGGGUCAGACUCGACUAGUCCUGGCGUGAUCAACAUUGGCAACUAUAGCAUCCUUGGCAGCGAUGGAUCUGUCCCAGAUGACAUCAAUGUGCCCAUUGUGAACUUUAUCAUCGUGCAGCCAAGUAAUCUCAUACGCCUAGAGAUUGUGCCCGUCAACACAACUUUCGUGCCUACUUACUACGGCUUUGACCCGUCCGUCAAGUUUGAUGUUGCAGACGUGGAUCUGCCUCUGCAGGAGGGCUUCCUCGGCGUUCCAAACUACGGCAUUAUGGCGCAAUGGGGUAUUGGCCAUAUCCCUCCCGGCAUUAGUGUCGCAUCUCUUCUGGGUUGGCCUUAUCCCAACACCGUCACCGGAUUCAUCUUGCUCUAUCCGUUUCUCAUGCACGAGAAUGGCACUGGUUUUGACCUGACAUCUGGUGCAUUCCGGCCCUUGCUACGCGUUUUGCGUUAUGGCGCGAAUGGCACAAGUGCUGACGAGUACGAGUCGUGGUUAGGCCCUAUUUUGAAUGUGAAGACGUCGUAA